CGGUUUCCUGCUCCAGUCCAACGCUCACAACAACCGAAGAUGAUCCACGUGCAGCUGUGUGUGCGUCUGCUCGCUCUCUGCGGAAUGUUCUCCAGGUUCUCCUCUGAACUUCUCCCAAACGUUCCGGUCCUCAGAGUGAAACCGGGAGCAAACGUGACUCUGCACUGCCCUCUGGUGGACACCCUCAGACCCACAGCACCUGCCCCCGAGUCCCCGAGACCUGCUCCAGACCAGUCCAGCCCGCGCCCAGUCCGAGUCCUCACCUGGUACCGGUGGAGACCAGAAGGAAGUCCUGAGAUGGUCCUCAGUCUGGAUCUGGAUCCUUGGUUUAGGUUUGAACGCAGGUCUGGACCAGGGUUUGGACAAGACUUUAGACCAGGAUAUGAACCAGGAUCAGGACUAGAGUCUAAUGAAGUCCGGCCUCUGGAGUCUGUACUCGGAUCUGGAUCAGGCUCUGGACCAGGAUUUGAUCCAACAUCUGAACCAAGGCCCAAACCAGAAUUGGAACCAGUCUUGGAAUCUGACGAAGUAACACCUCAAUCUGGACCAGGAUCUGAACCAACGUCUGAACCAAGAUCCAAACCAGAAUCUGAACCAGGAUCAGGACUGGAGUCUGAUGAAGCCCCGCCUCGAUCUGGACCUACACUCGGACCCGGAUCUAGACUUGGAUCUGGACCUGAACUAAGCUAUGUUCUUGGAUCUGGAGGAGGAUCAGAACUUCGAUUUGGCCCUGAAUCUGAACCAGGAUCAGGACUUUUUGAAUCUGAACCAGGAUCAGGACUUUUUGAAUCUGAACCUGGACCAGGAUUUAGAUCACGAAUCAAGCUUGGAUCCGGAUCUGGACUUGGGUCUAGAGUCUCCGUCAGGUCCGAUGGGUCUCUGGUCUUGAGAAGGUCUGAACUCGAGGACUCCGGACGGUAUUUCUGCGGCAUCAGCGACAUGAACGACAGAGAGAGAGGGAAAGAGAGAUGGAAGAGACGGAGAGAGGAAGGAGAGAAAGAAAAGAAAGUGGAGAGAGAGAAGAAAGAGAAAGUGAGGAGGAGGAGGAGAUGAAAAUGAAAGAGGAAGAGCAGCAGCAAAGAAGGACGAAGGAAAGAAGAAAUAAAGCGAGGGGAAGAAAAAGAGAAGAGCAAGAAAGUGGAAACAGUGAGUAGGAAGGAGAGACAAAAGAAAUGCAGUGAGGAGAAAGAAAGGAGAGAAUAGAGGCUUUGCACCGUCACGUGUCCCCAUGGCAACGGUACCUACGCCGCCAUGACACCGGACACACUAUGUCAGGGGUGUCAAACUCACUUUGGUCCGGGGGCCACAUCCAACCGACUUUGAUCCCAAAGGGGCCGGAUCAGAAAACUCAUGUCAUAUAAACCCCAAAAAUAACAAUAAGUUCAAAUAUUUGUGCAGAGAAACACAAAUCUAUUACAGAAAUCUUUUUUAAUUGAUGAACUCUUUCAUUUUACAAAAUAUUAUAAUAUUAUG